AUGACCGCCCUUUCUACCUCCAUUACUUUGCGGCCCGGUCCCCCAGAUACCCUACAAAGAGUUGCAACUGUGUUGUCGAAACUCAAAUCCGAUGACUAUUACGCAUACGAGCGCACUGGGCGGGAUGCAACCCUUUCUGUCAACGGAAAGGAUGAAGUGCGAUGCAUCGCUGGUGGAGUUAGCGAUGCUGUGCGAGAAUACAGCCCAGCAAAUGAGGACUGCGGAACCAAAAUCUAUGGCUACGUCGGGUUUAGCUAUGCCCUACAUCUACGGGGCAUCCCUCACACUGCUGGGGAAUGGUCAAUGCUGAGUCUUAUGGUCCCACGCCUGGCCAUGGACACAAAUGCCAAUACCAGAGCAGCUGAAUAUGUGGAACAAGUCGAGGCUGCGUUGGCAGAUAUAAGAGGAGAGAAGUAUGCGAAAGCUAUCCUGUGUGCGUGCUAUAAGUUUGUACAAGUAUCUAUCUAG